AUGCCCUCCAUUAUUGUAUUCGGAGCCUCUGGCUUCGUCGGUGCUCCGUAUAUCAAGGCCGUCAAGGAGGCACACCCAGACUGGCCUGUGACUGCAUACGUGCGUGCCACUGUGCCCGAGAAGCAUUCCAAGGAUACCCUCGGGGUCAAUCGCGUCAUUUUCGGCGACUUUGGCGACUUUGAAAAGGUCAAGAAGUCGAGCAGUGAGCAUGACAUUGCAGUGAACGCCGGCAACUCCUUCACCGCCGACCCAGUCGCCGCGAUCAUCGCCGGCCAAAAGGAAAAGAGCGACGGGUCCAGAGGCAUCGUCCUGCACAUUAGCGGUGGCGGAAAUUUCAUCGACUUUGGCACAUCUGGAAACUUUAAUGCAGACAGCAAGGUAUGGAAUGACGCCAAUGAAGACGACAUCAAGGCUGUGCACAAAGACAUGUUCAAUGGCCAGUCCGAUACCCUGGUUCUUGAGGCUGGAGCUGCCAAGGACAUUGAUACCUACAUCAUUUGUCCGUCUGUCGUAUAUGGAGGGUCUAGCGUCUCAUCGCCCACGAUGGGAAUUGGCUAUAGUCUCAUCACUGGCAAUGCCAAGCCUCUCGGCUACGUUCCAUUUGUUGGUGAUGGCACCGCUGUUCUGAGCACAUGUCAUAUCCUCGACCUGGUCGAUUUUCUCGUUAAAAUCUCUGGCGUUGCAGCUCAGGGACCAGCUCAGGGGUCCGCGUUUAGCCGCUACUACAUGCUGGAGACUUCUCGAGUGUCCUGGAAAGAUCUUGCGACCGAGGUCGCCAAAGUCAUGCACGCGAGAGGCAUCUUUGCCAGUCCGGAGCCCAAGAAUGUACCGUUUGAGCAAGCUGGCGAAGGAGAGGUCAAGCAUCUCGUGGCAGCGAACAUGCUUAUGCAAGGUGAUAGGGCCCGCGCAUUGGGUUUCAAGCCCCAGCAUCCCAGCAUUCUGGCGCAGAUACAUGAGGAUCUCAAGAGCGUUCCCAUCUAA